AUGAAUGCGAAUUUGGAUUAGGAUCUAUCAAUUGACUUGAGCGAAAGUCAAAUGAAAAUUUCUGAAACUUUCAGCAUUCCACUCAGCACUAGAAAUGCUCUUUCGAAGUCUAACAUACCUCAACAAAUUAGCUUGUUGGAUUGUAAUGUUGAUAAAAUCAGCUAUGGAGUCAGCCUAAAAAAAGGAAAUUUUAGACAGACCUAGGAGGAUAGGUUUUUGGUUGAAGAAAAUUUCAAAGGCAAGUCCUCAAGUGCUCUCUUUGCCAUUUUCGAUGGGCACUCUGGUUAAAGAGCAGCUGAGUAUUGCCAGGCUAACUUAAGUUCUUAUUUGAAAAUGAACAAGAAUCUGGAUAGAGAUAUUUGUUAAACUCUUCGAGAAGCCUUAAUAAUUGAUAACAAACUUACUGUAUCAAAUGUGGGAGAUUCCUCUGCAAUAAUAAUCAGAAGCGAUAGGAUGCUCGAACUCACAAGUGAACAAACUCCAUUGAGAAUAGAUGAGUAUCAAAGAAUAUAGGAAAGAGGUGGUUACAUUGUACCUGUAGGCUAGACUCUAAGAGUCUAGGGUGUAUUAGCUGUUACUAGAUCAAUUGGAGAUAUUAACUACAAAGAUUUGAUAAUACCUGAGCCUGAAAUUAGCACAAUAAGUCUUAGUCCAUCUGAUUAAUAUCUUAUACUAUCCUCAGAUGGCCUUUAUAGAACCUAUGGCAAGCAGAAAAUUGCUUAGUACGUGAUUGAAUUAAGAAGAUUAGGUUGGUCUAUGGGUAAAAUUACCAAUAUUCUUAGUCAGAGAGCUGUGGAAGAUGGCUGUCCAGACAACAUCACAAUAAUAAUAGUUGAUUUGUAAUACUACUAUAACAAGUUUUAAGGAGAUAAUUACAUCUAAGAUUAGGAAUAUUUGGUUUAGCAAAGAUCAAUGCAAAAGGAGAACUUUUCUAAUAAUAUUCCAGAUAGCAAGACUUAAUAUAAUUAAGAGGAAGAAUUUUUAAUGCCUAAGGCAAAAAGAUCAAGCAAAACAGUACUCACUGAAAAAUAAUAACUUUUAUUGGCAAAUUAAAAUAGUAAUACUACUCAGCCUUAAAGUGAGCAGAGACAAAUAUCUUAAUUGAUUAUAUUGAAUGAAUGUGAGAUUGAAGAAUCGACGAUGUAAAUUGACUUAAAUGAAAUAGGACCUGAAGACCCAAUUUAGAGAUAAGAAUAAACAUUUUUGUGUGGCAAGGAAAAGGAGACUGUCAAGAGUGAUUAACCCCUUGAAGCACUAUGUCUUGCGUUUAUUUCGGGCUAACAAUAAUGA